AUGGCACCCUCCAUCUUCUCUCUACUGCUCCUCUGCCCCUGCAUUGGUAUUCUCCAAAUUCCACAGUCCUCUUGCUGGAUUGACACUUCUAUAUUGAUAGUUUGCACUUAUCUGGUUCGCGGUGUGAAGGACAAGAGGCUCCGGGUUAAGGGACCCGUGAGAAUGCCAACCAAGGUUCCGCACAUUACCACCAGGAAGUCCCCUUGUGGUGAACGUAUGUUUCAUUGUGAAAUGUUCUUGUUGUUAACUUAUGGCUUGAUGCUUUAUGGGCAAGGCAAGGCAAGGCUUAUGGCCAUUUACUCAGAGUUGGGAGUUCUCUUGUUUGUGCCAAGUUACAUAAGUAAAAUUUGUUGCUUAUUGUGGCCUAUUCAUGAUUGA